AUGGCACCAGGCUUGCUGCGCAUUCCGACCGAGCUUCAGCACAUGAUCGCAAAUCUCAUCGACAGGAAGGAUAUCCUCGCGCUUCGCUCUGUCUGUCGCGAUCUGUCACGUGCGGUCGACGAUCCGUUCCUUGAUAAAUUCUUCAGCAAGAGGAGGCAUCUCAUCACCCCCUACUCGCUGGAGUGUUUGGUCGCUAUCUCAAAGGAUGAGAGGCUGAGGAGGAAGUUGAGACAGCUGGAGUCCGUGAUUGGGGAAAUGUCUGUCUCUACAGUAUCCUUUGACUGGAUUACGCUGUUUGACGAUGAAGAUAGACCCACAACACAGUAG